AUGUCUUCCUCGCUGCAAUCUCAUGUCGAUCUCCCUCUGAUCGACAUUUCACAAUUUCCGUCCGUCUUUGAUUGCGAAGACUUAAAUUGCCUUAAAAACAACCCUGUCUUAGCGGUGGUGAGAGAAGCCUGCAAAGAAUGGGGAUUUUUCUACAUCGGAAACCACGGAAUUCCAAUUGAUUUUCUUCAACAAGUGGAGUUCCAGAGCCGUCAACUAUGUUCUGUGCCAGCAGAAGCCAAAGAAAAAACCCUCACUUGUGAUCCAGCAACGGGCUAUCAUCGCAAUCCCAAGACAGAGAUCUUCACCAUGUUAAAUUUAACAGAAUCUGAUUCGAUUCAGGAUUUGAGCAACAAGAUAUGGCCACAGGAGGGAAGACCAACGAUUUUCAGGUAUGUUAAAUUGUGA